CCUGGUGUACUGUAUAGUAACGACCCUUUGUCUCUCGAACAAACUCUUUUUAUCUCUAUCUCUGUUCGUGAUAUCUUUUCACUCAUCAGCUACAGGUGAUCUCUUCAGCCUGUUUCACUCUUGCAUCUGACUUUCCAGAUUGAACCGCAUUUAACGGGAUGUAUCCUAGCAGUUAUACAGCUGAAGUUACAUGCUUAUCUCCCAAAGCAACUGUAGAGGAUGUGUAUGAUUUUUUCGCUCACUGUGGUCCAAUUGAGCAUGUUGAAAUCAUCAGGUCUAGUGAGUAUGGUUCCACUGCAUAUGUAACAUUUAGAGGUGCCUAUGCUCUUGAAACUGCCAUCCUGCUCAGUGGAGCUACAAUUGUGGAUCAACGCAUAUGCAUUACUCGCUGGGGGACUUACAUGGAUGAAUCUGAUCCUUGGAAUUCAUGGAAGGUCGAAAAUGCUGGCUCAACGGGAAUUCAUAUGAACCAGUAUACUUCUUCCCCUGGAGAAGUAGUGACUGUGGCUCAGGAAGUUGUCAAGACAAUGCUAGCCAAAGGAUACGUUUUAGGAAAAGACGCAUUGAUCAAAGCCAAAGCUUUUGAUGAAUCUCAUCAAGUCUCAGCUACUGCUGCAGCCAAAGUAGCUGAGCUUAGCAACAGAAUUGGACUCACAGACAAGAUACAAGCUGGCAUGGAAACUGUGAAAUCGGUCGACCAGAAGUACCAUGUCUCGGAUAUCACUGCAUCAGCGGUAUUAGUUACAGGGACAGCAGCUGUAGUUGCAGCUACUUAUACAGGAAAGGCAGCUGUAGCAGCUGCUAAUGCUGUGGUGAAUAGCAGUUACUUUGCUAAGGGAGCUCUUUGGGUUUCUGACGCAUUGACACGUGCAGCCCAAGCUGCGGCUGAUUUUGGCAAUAAGAGUAGUGAAUAAGUGGUAAGAAUUAGCCAACAGAAUGUUGUUGUUUUGAUCAAUCCUUGUGUACAAUUAAACAGUCUUCUAUUUAUAUAAGCCCCAGAAGUUGUUUCUUAUACCUGUGAUUCUGCACUGUUUGGACUUUGGAUAAGAACUAUUUCUUGUGUACAAAUAAAUAAUCGUCUGUUUAUAUAAGCCCAGAGGACUUUGGAUAA